AUGGAGAAUGAAGGAAACAUAAAAAUAAAAAUAAAAACGAUUGACAAUGAGGAAUUCGAGCUGUCCGUAAAAGGAGACACCAGCGCAGAGGAAAUAAAAAAUAUCAUUGCAGAGAAGAAAAAUGUGGACAAGCAGGACAUCCGGUUGAUCUACCAAGGGCAGUGUCUAGCGAACGAGAAAAGCGUUGCAGAUUAUAACAUACAAAAUGAUCAUAUCAUUCAUUUGGUGGUGAGGAAAAAGGAAAACUCUUCCAACCCUAAUGACGAAAAUGGAAACGCUACAAGCAGUGGGAACGCCACAAACAACGGGAACGCUGCAAACAACGGGAACGCUGUGAAUGGGAAAAGCGAUGCCACAAACACCAACGCAAAUGCAAAUGCAAAUAUGUUUAGGAGCACCGACGGAAACGUAAUGGGGGACCCCGUACAUAUAAACUUCAGCUCAAAUGUCCAUAUGAAUAGCAACAGUGGGAACACCUCAAAUGGAGGCACCGCUUCCAAUAUGCCUAAUAGUAGCGCCAACCCUAACGUCGGAGCCUCAUCCACCCCUCUGUACUUCACGCACAUGAGAUUAACAAGAAAUGAUAAUAUGGAUGGGGACCUGAUGGGCCAGACAAACAUAUGCUCCUUGCUAAAUGAUAUAAUGAGUCAGGUAAACAUCAACCCGAACUUUAUUUAUGACGCGGCCACCGCCGCAGCCACUGCGGCUGCAAAUGCGACAGCGGCCGGGGCAGGGGCAGGAAGUGGAAUGGGAGGCGCCAUGGGGAGCGGCCUCGGAACUGGGCUUGGAGGCGGCAACGCAGAAAACAUUUUCACCGCGGCCAUGAGGACCACAGGCAUAAAUCCCAACGCGAGCGAAUUUGCCUGCCCCAACUACGUGAACGGGGCUAAUGAUAAGAAGGGCGAGACGGUGAACGCGAAACGGUGCGCGGAAGCGGGUGCAGAUGGCAAGAACCAAAGCCCAAGUGGUAAUAAAGGAGGUGAUGAUGGUGGACAGAACGACGCAGGAAAGAGCGAAGGAGAUUCAUCAUCAGAUAAUAGCUGUACGAAUGAGAAGGGAAACGAUGAAAACUACACAAAGGAGCAACGCAAGAAAAUAAAGAAAAUGAAAAAGAAGAGAAAAAAAUACAAUAAGGAUGUGAAGACAUCAAAUAAGAUUAAAAAAAAUGGCAAGUACCAUGUUAGUCAUUCGAGUAAGGAUGACAGCUCCAGUAGCAGCAGCUCAAGGUCGUCCCUCCUGUCUGUCGACUCCACCAUGAAGGAUGAGGAGGAAAGGAAAAAGGUACAUAAAUUGAAGAAAUAUAAGAAAAAAAAGAAACUCAAAAAUAAGUACAAGAAGAAGAAAAGCUACGAUUCGAGUAGCUCUUCGUCCGUAUCCUCCUCCACGGAAGAUCAACGGGACGAUGAAGGGGAGGAGUACGACUAUGACGAAGAUGAGCUAGCCAAAAAGGAGAAAAAGUACAGAAAGAAGGAAAAGGAAAAGCAGAAGAAAAUGAAGAAGAAGAACAGAUACCUUUUCGACCCCAAUUUUUUGUAUCACCAGAAUUAUAUGUACCACCCAAACAGCAUUAGCCACGGCAGGAUAAAUAAUCACUUUAAUCAGAUUUUCAAAGGAAGAAACGACAUGAGGUUAGGAGGCGCGUACCCAUCGUUUGUACUGGACCACGGGGGCAGAGCAGCUGUUGGUGCUGCGUUCUGUAGAGGAAGCAGGAGUAGCCUCAAGUAUGGCAGAGACGACCUGAGCGACACGAACGAAAAUGCGAACGGAACGAACAACCACAACUUGGUGGAUGAUUUUGUCAAGCACAAGGAGAGGAGGACGAAGGCCUACAGCAGCAGCAAGGCUCUGUUCGGGAGUGGCGGCGCGCACGAUAAUUUGGUGGACCUUCCAGGCAGCAACUUGAAGGCCAACGGCACAGGUAAGGGGACAACCCACCCCCCAAGUGGGAAGAGUGGAAGCGGUGGAGGAGGAGAGUAUCACCGUUACAAUGAUCACCACCGCUGUAACCCUCUCUUUGCAGGCGGACCGAUGGACGAGCAAAACUAUCCACCCAGGAGCGUGUACGCGAACCUAGUGCCGCUAAGCGACAUAGAAAGGAACAACGAGAUAGUGCGUAACGACUCCAUGCGAACGAACUCCAGAGUUGCCAUUAAUGAAGAAGACGGUGCCCUCGUGUCCGACAACAAUUCCCUAUCGGAUAAUAUAAGGUCGAUACAAAUGUCGAGCGACAGAAGGAACAGUGCACUAGGGAGAAGCGAUCUGAAAUGUUUAAAUGAUGCAAACGACUCAGAGCACAAAAAUAUGGAAGUAAACAUCCCAUGGAGAGUAAUAGAACAACUGCUAGUACUGCUGGAAGAAGAAACAGGAUAUCGCAGACCAGACUUAUCCGCUUAUAUCAAUUCGUACCACAACAGCAACUCCAUAUUUGUUUUCUUCUACCUCUUUGUUCACAUCAACAAUAUAAUUAACAGUAUAAUUAUUCAAUUUAAUCAUUCGAAUUUUAUGAACAACGACAUUUCCAUGUCUUCCUUCUCCAGGAUAAGCAUCAUUCUAUCCCUAGCGUCGGUAGUUUUUUCACGACUCUCCAAUUUCUUCUUUGUCUUUUACGAUAAUUUUUAUUGCAACAAUUAUGGAAGGCACUACAGAUAUUCAGAUCCGAUCAAUCAUGAAUACCUUAGGGAGUUACGAAAUUUGUAUUAUUCGAAUAAUGGAAGAAAUGCUCAUUCUAAUAGAAGCAGUAGGUUUUUUCAAAAUGACUUUUUCCCUAAUGGAAAUUACGGGCAUGCAAAUGUGGACGCCUUCAACAAUGACAACUCAUCCUACCUACAUAACGUGGCCGAUAAUUACUACCCCCUACCUUAUAAUGAUUUGAGGAAUAAUGCAAAUAGAACCAACUUGCAGCAAGAAUUUGAAGAUUAUUAUAAAAACUACCUUAAUACAGUUAAGGGGAAUAAGAAUAUGUUGUUGAGGAAAGAAUUUGCUAACCAUAAGGAGAGGAGUAACACUGGUGAAUGCUCUCAGGGAAAGGAAGAUGGUGUGAGUAGCAACCGUGUAGGCAAAGGAGACAAAGUAUGCAAUCCCAAUUCACAUAGCGACAAAAAGAUGGGUAGCAGAUUUAGGCAAACUGGGCACUGGAAUGGUACCUCUAAUAAUCCCUCUAACCAUUUGAACAAUGGCGCCAACGGCCACUCCAACAACCCCUUUUCGAACUUCCCCGGACAGGGUAACAACAAUUCGCUUCUCUACCCGGGUCUUAAGGAAAGGAGCGAUGAGAAGGAGGGAUACAGGAAGAACAAGGAUGAUGCCAAACACUACGCCGGGAAAAAAGUGCGUACAGAUGGCCACUCCUUCAAGGGAUACAGCAGCGGAGACCCCAAUGAGAGCAGCAGCAAUAGUGCAGCAGGACAUGCAGAAAAUGUAGGAAAUGCAGGACACGGUGGCCCCCUCAACCACAUCCUCAACAAUCUAUUUAAAAACAAAAAUGAGAACAGGGAAAAUGGAAACAUGGGAAGUAACGACAGUCAGCCAAAAAGUGCACAACAUGAUGAUGAAGCAAAAGGCGACGCCCUCAAUGCAACCAAUAGUAACUUCGCCUCCUGUGAUAGUAACAUGGAUGAUAUGUACGACGUGUCGGAUGAUGGAAAGGACAAGGAGGAGGCUUCCAACGUGAAGGAUCAACCUAAGCGAGAAGAUAAAGAUGGAGAAGAUACAGAUGGAAAGGAUGCCGACAAGGGGAAAGAUAUGCAUCCUAGCAGCAUCCCUCAGAAAGAAAAACCAACAGACAAGCACACUGCUACUCCACAGGGCGAAAAGCAGAUACAACAAAUUGCACCACAAGGCGGCGUAAUGAAGAACACGGCAAGCAGCAAGCAGGAUAGCUCCAUCGUCACGGACAUUAGGAGGACCCCUGCCGUUAACAACACCACCUCCCCGCUGUCCAACAUAAACUUUUCGAACAUUUUAAAUUGUGUGCAGAAUCAAAUGGCUGGGGGAGGCGCCCAUGCCCAGGGAGAACCCCCUCGCGAUAAGUUUGAAGGAAUGCCCGAGGAAGUGAAGAACAGAUAUAAAACGUGGGUGGAAAAUACUCAGAUAUUCUCCGGACAGAUGAUUAAAAUUUGCAGAAACAAGCGCCCUUUAAGCAACGCAUACAUUGGAAACGGCUCAUCCAAAGAUCAAAUAUCCUUCAGCAAUUUGUUGCCAUUCCUCUGGAAAAGGAACAUGAGCACCAUAAACUUGGACGUGGACCUGGAACUAUCAGACGACCUGCUAAACGCCUUCGACAUGCACGUUCUCGAGUUUGUAAAAAAGUCCAUCAAAAAUAACGAAGACUAUAAGUUGGAAAAAUUUAAAUAUCCAACCCUCUCCCUGUGCGAAAAACUGUUUGACGAAAUGGACAAAAAGGAUAAGUAA